AUGAUGUUACUAUGGAAACGAGUUGUUCUGCUAUCAAUCACCGGAUGCCUUGCAGCCCGUGCAGACGAUGUCAUAUUUCAAGGGCCGAAAUGGACAACAGAGCCCAGUGACCUAAUUUUACCCAUCAACUCCGCAGACCAACAAGCUACCUUUAGAUGUGAAGCCCAAGGAAGCUCUUCACCACAGUACAGAUGGUCACUAAACGGAACACUCAUUGAUCUGGUGAAUGACUACCGGCGUCGCAUGUCUGGGGGCAACCUGAUCAUUAGCAGUCUGGACAGGGACCAGGACACAGGAAUCUACCAAUGCAAUGCCUUCAAUGCACGGGGAUCCAUCCUCAGUCACAGAGCCAGCCUUCAGUUUGCAUACCUUGACAACUUCAAAACCCAAAUUGUAAGAAGUGCCGUCAACGUCCGUGAGGGCCAAGGAGUGGUGUUGCUAUGUGGACCCCCGAUGCAUUCUGGCGAGUUGACUUUUGCGUGGAUCUUCAACGAGUACCCAUACUUUGUCCAGCAAGACACCCGUCGUUUCAUCUCUCAGGAGACUGGUAGUCUGUACUUUGCCAAAGUGGAGCCCUCGGAUGUGGGCAACUACACCUGUGUGGUCAACAACACUUUCACCGGUGAGAAGGUUCUGAGCUCUCCCACGCCGCUGGUCCUCCGAAACGAUGGUGUGAUGGGUGAAUAUGAACCCAAAAUAGAAGUUCAUUUCCCUGACUUACUUCCAGCUGCUAAAGGAUCGGUGGUGAAACUGGAAUGCUUUGCUCUGGGAAACCCUGUCCCAGAAAUAAGCUGGAGUAGAACAAGUGGAGUCCCGUUCCCCAGCAAAGUCAAAAUGAGGAAGUCCAACGCUGUCCUUGAAAUUCCCAAUUUCCAGCAAGAAGACACAGGGACAUACGAGUGUGUGGCGGAGAACAGCCGUGGCAAAAAUGCUGCACGGGGUCGCAUUUCUUUUCAUGCAAAACCACAUUGGCUCCAGACAAUAACUGACAAGGCUCUGUCCAUCGAGGAGAACCUAUUCUGGGAGUGCAAGGCCAAUGGGAAGCCCAAGCCAUCCUACAGCUGGCUGAAAAAUGGAGAAAGUUUAAUGAGUGAGGGUCGAAUACAAAUGGAAAACGGGGCCCUCUCUAUAGCAGCUUUAAACCUAUCAGAUGCCGGGAUGUAUCAAUGUGUGGCUGAAAACAAACAUGGCAUUAUUUAUUCCAGUGCUGAACUAAUGGUGUUAGCUUCACCUCCGAGAUUCUCCAAAAGUCCGUUAAGGGCCUUGCUAAAGGCUCGCUCGGGCAGCAAUGUUAUUCUUGAGUGCAAGCCUCAGGCCUCACCCCCUGCGAUUAGCCUGUGGAAGAAAGGGAAUGAGAUCCUGCAGAGAACUGAGAGGAUUACUAUGCUUCCCAAUGGGACUCUAAAGAUCGUCAAUGUAACCAGAUGGGAUGCAGCCAGCUACACGUGCAUUGCUAAGAAUCAGUUUGGGACUGCAAGCACAACUGGGAGGUUACUCAUCACUGAGCCCACCCGAAUCACCCUGAGGCCCACUAACAUGGAGAUUAUUGUUGGCGAGAGCAUCGUAUUGCCCUGCCAGAUUGCUUGUGAUCCAGCGCUGGAUGUCUCUUUCUCCUGGGCAUUCAACGGCCAACUCAUUGACUUCCAGCGGGAUGGCGAUCAUUUUGAAAGAGUGGGCGGGACCAUAUCUGGGGAUCUGAUGAUUCGUAACAUCCAGCUAAACCAUGGAGGGAAGUACGUUUGUGUUAUAGACACAGAAGUGGAUAGCCUGUCUGCCUCCGCCAUUCUGGUUGUCAAAGGCCCCCCCGGUCCUCCGGACAAGGUGGCGGUAGAGGAGAUCACAGACAGCACGGCUCAACUGUCCUGGACCCCUGGCAGGGACAACGGCAGCCCCAUUACUGGCUACAUCAUCCAAGGCAGGACUCCCUUUACUGUAGGCUGGCAAGCUGUGGACACAGUGCCUGAGGUGGUAAAUGGCAACAUGUUGACAGCCACAGUGGUGGGUCUGAAUGCCUGGGUAGAGUAUGAGUUCAGGGUAGUUGCCCGCAAUAGUGUUGGCAUGGGAGCCCCCAGCCCACCUUCAGUGAAGACCAGGACAGAGGAUGCCAUGCCUGAUACAGCUCCCACUGAUGUCGGAGGCGGAGGUGGCACAAAGUCCGAAUUAGUGAUAACAUGGGAGCCUGUGCCUGAGGAACUGCAGAAUGGAGAGGGCUUUGGGUACAUCAUCGCCUUCAGGCCAGUGGGCACCGUCACAUGGACGAGAGCUGUUAUAUCCACACCCGGGUUGGCACGUUACAUCUUCCGCAAUGACACCAUCCCACCCUUCUCACCUUUUGACGUCAAAGUAGGGGCAUACAACAACCGUGGAGAAGGGCCUUUCAGUUCUAUUGCCACCGUGUACUCAGCAGAGGAAGUCCCCAGUGUGGCUCCUAAGAGGGUUAGGGCCAGAAGUGUGUCUGCAGCUCAAAUUGAAGUGAUCUGGGAAGCUCUUCCUGCCAUCCCUGAACGAGUACUCGGAUAUGAGGUGACAUACUGGGAGGAUGACACCAAGCCUGACACGGUUGGCAGAGUGAGAAUAUCUGAGAACUACACACUGGUUAAUGUCACAGGCCUGAAAGCGAACACGCCAUAUUACCUCGCUGUGGCUGCUUUUAACACAGCUGGCACUGGGCCCCAAUCAGCGCCCAUCAAUGCCACCACGAAGAAACCAUCACCUGGUCAGCCUCCAAUCAAUGUUGAAUGGACCAUGACUGGUUCCACACUAACCCUACACUGGGAUCCUGUUGUAGCCACAGAGUCCGAGGCAGAGGUCACUGGAUAUAUGGUUCUACUGAAAAGACCUCAUUUCAACAAUGUCAACAGUGUCAGGACUAACAAAACCACCAUAGAGCUCACUCUCUCCGCCAGCGACAACUAUCUCAUCCAGAUUAAGGCCCUGAGCGAGGGCGGUGAAGGUGUGGGAAGUGAACCCAUCCACAUCCAUAGAAUAAGCAUGGGAGCACGGGGCUCGGGAGCGGCUCGUAUCAGCCGGAUGUACCUUGCUGCAGUUCUUACCAGUGCACUGCUCAGCUCCUUCUGGUGA